AUGUCAGAAUCUCCACCUCCAUCACCAUCGCAGCACGCGACUGCCCACGCCUACGCCAGCAAUGGGUUAGAGAUCCUCCAAGCCGCCAGCGAUGCUGCGCAGGCAAUUCAAAACCCUCAAGCUCUGCAACAUGCAGCAGCAGCAGCCGAAGCCGUGUCCCAGGUAUCCCAGCAGCCCCAGGGUUUGGGCAUACCUGGAAUACCUCAAGGCGCCGACUUGACACAGCAGCUUGUCACCGGCCCAGGCGGAGUGAUGCGCGAUCCGACCAUCAACCCCAAGUUGACGAGACUGAGACGGGCCUGCGACAUGUGCAGCAUGCGAAAAGUGAAAUGCGACGACACAAACAUUCCCUGCCGGCCGUGUCGCGAACUGGGCGUCGAGUGCACAUAUGAGCGAGAGACCAAGAGACGUGGACCUCCCAAUAAGCAUGCUGAGGCGGCAAAGGCAGCAAAACGUGCACGUCUCGAGGUGGCUGCUGCUGGCUUCCCUGCCUCACCGUCGCCUCAGAACGCAGCCAAGACCUUGAUGAAUAUUUCGUCAGAUGGCAUUCUCGAUGCCGAGUCGAUUGCGCCAUUGCCCGUGUUGGAACUCUUGGUGGACGACUUCUUUACGUAUAUCCAUCCCCUGGCGCCGUUUCCUCACGAGCCCACGUUUCGACAAUCGUUUGCGAACCGAGAAGAUCGAACUCGGCCCGAAUUUCUGGGGCUGCUGGCGAGCAUGAUUGGCGCUUUGGUCGCGUCGUUCCCCAGGAGUGCGAGAGAGCAUCUCAAGGCGCAGCACAGCACGCAUCUUUUCCCUAAGGCCAUUGUCCUCGUUGAAAAGUGUCGCGACAUUGCCCUUCUUACGCGAGGGAGCAAAUGGGUCUUGAAACAGCCCAAGACAUUGGAUGAUGCUUGCACCAGCUAUUUCCUCGGUCUCGCGGGCGCUUAUACGCUGCAGUGGAAUCCAGCACGUCAUUUCAUGUCCGAAACGCUGAUUUUGAUACGGGAGCUGGGCUUCAUGCGGCCCAAACAUGCUGGGGAGCUGCCAACCUUUGGUGCGGAUCCAUGUUCGAAUGAGCCGCUGCCGUUUAAUCACGUAAAGGAUCAGAUUGGGAAACGUUUAUUUUGGUGCCUGUUGUUGGGCAUUCGGUCCAUGGCGCAACUGGGCAUUUCUGGCUCAGACUUGGUCAUUGCUCCGUCCACACCAAAUUUACCGUACCCAUUGUACCCCGAGAAUGUCGAUGACAUCUGCGUCGUGGCGAAUGAGAUUAUUCACCAGGCAGAAGGCAGCGUCACUCUCCUAACGGGGUUCAGAUUCGGCAUUGACAUAUACACGACGAUGAAUGGGGUUGUGAGCCUGGAGCUUGCUUAUGGAAUGAGCACCCUGCCAUGGGCAGACCAGCGAAUUUUACUACGGGACGGCCUGAUUGCGGCUAAGAGCAUUACCGACAAUCUCCCACCAGAGCUGCAACUUUCAACGCAAGGCGAGGAUGCCAACUCACUCGCAACGCUGGAUGCAUCGGGGCUGCAAUAUGUUCCCCCGGUCUGGCCAAACGCCCAACCAUCCCAUGACGUGCGCAACGUCAUCAAGACACAGCCCGCUCAACGUCGUCGCCUCCAGUAUGAGAUCCAAAAAGCCAACAUCUUCAUGUCUCAACUAGCGACUCGCUCGUACUUUGUGGAGUUGUACUUUAACCUCCGAGAUGUGCACCUAACCGAGGAACAGAACAAUCCGGUGGAGAAUCGAAGCGAGGAGGAGCGAGCGCUGCAAGAUGCGGACGACAAGGAGAUUUACGGCCUUAUGGCAGCAGAGCGGGAAUUGAUUGUUCAAAAUCUCCUAGAAGUCCUGGGAUCUAUUUCCCAGCGAAACAUGGAACCCAAUGGGCUCUCACUCAUCAACAAGAUCCGCCAAGUUGCAUCGACGCUAUUAAACGACUCGGCGGACCGCAAAGGACCAGUGGCCAUGAAAUCGGAAGAGGCACUCUCGCAACUUAUCGAUAUCCUAAUCAAGUUGGAGAAGACGGGACCCGCGGCGGCCAGUCGAGCCAGCGAUCCGAGUCAGAUGACGGCCGAGGAUGAGGAAGAGGAGCUGAGGCACUGGGCUGAUUUGAGAGAGUACCAAUUGCGGUUUGCUGCCAGCGGGGAAUUUGCAGGCGUAUGA